CAAUCCGAGAAUCAGCCAAAGUAGGUGACCAGGCUCAGAGGAGGGUAAUGAAAGGUGUUGAUGAUCUGGACUUUUUCAUAGGAGAUUGAGCCAUAGAUAAACCUACCUAUGCUACAAAGUGGCCUAUACGACAUGGUAUUGUUGAAGACUGGGACCUCAUGGAGAGAUUCAUGGAGCAGGUCAUUUUUAAAUACCUACGAGCUGAACCUGAGGAUCACUAUUUUUUAAUGACAGAGCCUCCACUGAACACACCAGAAAACAGAGAGUAUCUUGCAGAAAUCAUGUUCGAAUCAUUUAACAUACCAGGACUUUACAUUGCUGUUCAGGCAGUGUUGGCCUUAGCUGCCUCUUGGACGUCACGGCAGGUUGGAGAACGUACUUUGACUGGAAUUGUCAUUGAUAGUGGUGAUGGAGUGACCCAUGUAAUUCCUGUGGCAGAAGGCUAUGUAAUUGGAAGUUGCAUCAAACAUAUUCCAAUUGCAGGUAGAGAUAUUACUUACUUUAUUCAACAGCUCCUACGGGAAAGGGAGGUGGGAAUUCCUCCUGAACAAUCUCUGGAGACAGCAAAAGCCAUAAAGGAGAAAUACUGUUACAUUUGCCCUGACAUAGUGAAAGAAUUUGCCAAGUACGACGGAGAUCCUCGAAAAUGGAUCAAACAGUAUACUGGCAUCAAUGCAAUCAACAAAACCAAGUUUGUUAUAGAUGUCGGUUAUGAAAGGUUCCUUGGACCUGAAAUUUUCUUUCAUCCUGAGUUUGCUAAUCCUGAUUUUAUGGAAUCCAUUUCGGAUGUAGUUGAUGAAGUUAUACAGAACUGUCCCAUUGAUGUCCGGCGUCCAUUAUAUAAGAACGUGGUCCUCUCAGGAGGAUCCACGAUGUUCAGGGACUUUGGACGACGACUGCAAAGGGAUUUGAAAAGAGUAGUGGAUGCGAGAUUGCGACUUAGUGAGGAACUCAGUGGUGGUCGGAUAAAACCCAAACCAGUCGAAGUUCAAGUGAUAACACAUCACAUGCAGCGCUACGCAGUUUGGUUCGGCGGUUCCAUGCUGGCUUCAACACCAGAGUUUUUCCAAGUAUGUCACACCAAGAAAGACUAUGAAGAGUAUGGCCCUAGUAUUUGUCGUCAUAAUCCUGUUUUUGGAGUCAUGUCAUAAUGCUUGUCUAAUGGAAACAAGAUCUCUGACACCUUGCUGGUGAAGAAACUCAUGUAAAGCAGAGGAAGGCAGCAGAUACUGUAAAUACUGAAGCAAGAUGCCGUUAUCUCUUGGAAGCAUUUGGAUCAGCACCGUGCACUGAAGCACAACUUACAGCCCCAAGUCAUUUCAGUAAAAGCCAUUUCUCUGCUGACUACUUUAAAGCCUAUCCUUCUUUCUUCCUAAAUGUGAGGUAAUUAAAAAUAGGUAAGUCUCGGUUUAGGAGGUUGUGCAAAUACUACUGAAACUGAAUCUAGAAGAAUAAGGCAGUGUUUUUCUGCUUGUGGAAAGAUUUAAACCUUUCCCACUUGUGCCCUGAUUCUGCAAUCAAAUCUUUAGCAAUGGAGCACUAAAUACCACAUUGCCUUCAGGGGAGUUGGAAUGGAUGCAGGUACCUGCCCAAAAGGGUUAGAAUGCAGGAUUGGGACUGUACUUUGUAAAUGUAGGUUUUUCAUAUCAUUUUGUAUUUUAUGAUAUUGGUAGGGUGAAUUGAUGACUAGUUCUAAGCACGAACAGCUAUCAAUGUCAUGGAGUGAUGUUACGCAUUUCCAGGUGUGAGGCAUGUAUUGGAGUUGUGCUGGUAUUUUUUU